UGGUACUUUACCAUUAAGCCAUUAUUCUCUUUGUCUAACAUUUUCCACAUAUGUAAAAGUUGUUUUGACCAUUUUUGAUUAGUGGCAAAGAUUUGAUGCGGAGGAAAGAAGACCGUCAUAAAAGACGUCCAAGUUAAUGGUCCAAGCCAAGAUGGAAAGCAUGGAGCUGUAUGAAAUUAGUAUGGAUUUCAACAGGCUUUGAGAUGGUUUGGGGCUGUAUAAACUGACACUGAUUUGCAACAAGCUGCAGGGAAGCAUGAAGCUAUAUGAACUGACACUUGUCGUCAACAGGCUGCAAGAGAAAGCUAUCAGAGAUGUCUUUGCUGAACAUAAAUGGAAGUUCAUAAUUGCAGGGUUGAGAAAGUGUGAAAUGCCAAGAUUAUCUCUGUCACGUCACGGAUCGACAACGCAGUCUUGUGACGAAGGUGAUGACUUCAAGAAUGACGACAUCAGUCCAAGUGUGUUGAUGAACCAUUCAGAUUGUAAUUCCAAAGGUUGUUCCUCUGUGGAAAUGUCCGAUGCGGAUGAUUGUGAGGCAGAUGAUGAUAAUGUAGGUGCCAUCCAAAUAGCGCCAGAUUUAUUUAAGAUUGGUGACAGACAUUCGGAUGGCCAAGUGCCGAAAACCGGAGGCCAGAGUAUCAUGAAGAAGGAAUUAGAUGAGGAAGCAUCAGAAACCAUCCAUCUGCAGCAGGGUGAAGAAGGACAAUCUCAAUUAAGAAAUGGUGAACAGCUUGCGCAAACUGUACCACUGUCCAUGAAUUCUGCUUUGGCGCAAGAAAAACCUAUAAUGCCUUCUAACAAAGAUGGUGUCACAAGGAAGAAAAGAACUGUACAUUGUGGCAGUAAAGAUGUUACCACGAUGGCUUCAGAUGUUGUUCAACGAAAAGAGUUCGACUGUGGUAACUGUAGGGAAAGUUUUGCAACAUUUAGAGAGCUGAGGUUUCAUUUACAACAACACAAACUAGCAAUAGAAGGUGCCCCGAAAUGUGCCCAGCGUAGUGUGACAAUUGCAUUGCCGCAGAGGAAUCAUAAACAUGGUAGCAAAUGCAAAAUUCAAAAGGCAGAUAAAGCCAGUAAAUAUCGGAAACCUAGAAAUGAAUCCCAAAAAGGCCAUGAAAAUAGCUUAAACUCGGUUGAAGAAAAAGUAAGCCCACGGAAACGUGGCAGACCAAGGAAAUCAAGACCAGGAUCUCCAAAUAUAACAUCAGAAAGUGGAGUGGAUACGCUUAAGUGCUACGAUUGUGGCAAUUGCUCAGAGAGUUUCGCGACUUUUACUGAGCUGCGACUUCAUCUUCAGCUACACAAAGAAGCCAUAGAAGGCGUUCUGCCGUUCCGAUGGAACCGGACUGGGAAUGGUAGGAAUAUCCGUGCUCAUAGCCACCGGUGUGAGACCUGCGACAAGACUUUUCCAAACGCCUCGGCGCUUAGACUCCAUGAUCGCGUCCACACUGGAGAAAGACCAUACCUUUGUAACGAAUGUGGUAAGGCUUUCAAGCAACGCACAGCCUUCCAAAACCAUCUGCGUACCCACACAGGGGAAAUGCCGUUCAAGUGUACGAUGUGUGAUGCAGCGUUCAGACAAUUAGUCGAGCUACAUCGACACCAGAGACGACACACAGGAGAGAAACCCCAGCUGUGUACAAUCUGUGGUAAGCGAUUCGCGGAGCGAGGUUACCUGAAGUCACACAUGAGGCUGCACACAGGAGAGAAACCGUUCUCCUGUACGCUCUGUGGAAAGUCGUUCUCUCAGAGAACAAGUCUGAAAUGCCACAUGAAAAGUCACCAUAAAAGCAACUGGGGAAACUCCGGAUUACAGCCCGUGUUAAAUCCAAGAGAGUGGACCAAAGACAUUCAGCAAACUCAAACGGAAAGUAAUGAUAGAGAGGAGGGCGAAAUCCUACCUGACGCUUCUUCCAUCAUCGAGGGCACCAGAACAAACUGUCUCAGGAAGAGCACGACAAACUUUUCUGAAAGAAACUACCACAGAGAUCUCGUGCCGCCGUAUCAUCACCACAUCAUUCCAAUGAAAUCCCCAGGCUAUACACAAUUCACGCGCACGAAAAGUUACGUCAAUAAUACUAGUGCUCUGCAACUACCACAUCCACAGUUUAUUUAGAUGGACUCUACAACAAAUAACCAGCCUUUGAUGUCAUUUCACGGAGACACGUACAUGCCUGGAAUCUUUCAGGGCACAUGCUAAUUUUUUGGCUAUAUGACGAUUUCACUUUAACAAACCGAGUUUUUAAGGCCUAUUUUUCGUAACGUUGUAACUUUGGUCAUACGGUUUUAAAAGGCAUAUGGAGUUGUCGCUAAAAGAAAAGAAGGCAAGACCAGGCGUCUUGCGACUAAGCGUUGACUCGUCUGCAAUUUUAAAGGAGAAGAAAACUUAAAAACAUGACACUGUAGGCUGAAAAGAGCACAUUUUUUCCAUCUGGUGGUGCCUGCUGCAUAAUUUUGCCGUUUUUCCUCGCCAUACACGUAAAGCCUGAAAAGGGCAAAGCUGGCAUAAAUCACUGAGUCCAUCGCCUCUCAACAAAUGCGAGUCGUUAAAACUGCCGGCUCGUUCGUGUGAACUCGGAACCUACGUCCAACAUUACGGUUUCCCGAUCGUCGAGCGGAAAACGAACUGUACUGUUCGCUACCUUCUGGGAAGAAGAGUUCUACCGGAAAUGUACCAACUGCACUUCAGUGGUUUCCGACGGCAAUUCUCCUCCUAACACAGAAGAUUUCAGGACUAGUUCUUAGGCAAAAUGGAGUUGCCCACAGCUGAUUUUGGCGCUGAUUUUAUUUAUAGUUUAUCAACUUGAGGUACAUAUUGGAAUUUUUGUUAUGGCAUGCACCUGCUAGAAAAAGCGUACUCUUUUCAAUGGUAUCUGAUUGAUGUUUAAAGUUUCCUCUCCUUUAAUUAUGCCAAACAAGCGUGACCAAGGCUGUGGUUUUUAUCCCGGGAAAUCCUAUGUCCACUGUCUACCAAUCAGCGUCGAGCCUGUAUCUCUUUAUAAGGCGGCGUUAUUUGCGUGAAACUUUAUUAAGUUCUUAACAAAACGAUUCCAGUCACAUAACAGACAACACUUGAGUUUUUAAAUAGUGUAUAAAAGCACCUUGAGACAACAUUUUUCUAAAAUUCGUAUGACAUUUUUAU